AUGAAGACCUCAUUCAUUUCCAGGCUGUUGACCCUGACAGCAUUUGCGAUAUCCUCCAACCUUUCUUAUGCCCUGCCUCUCUCUGAGCGAGACCUAAGACUCUUUGAAGAGCGUUAUAUUAACUCACUGGACUAUUCGCUCGGCAACGACACUGUCAAAUUAGUCGGUUACAAAACUAUCAAGAUCCCAGAGGAGGAGCUGGACGACCUGAACGACCACUACAACAAGAACCCUGACGUGUGGAAGAACAUGCCAAACUACUUCUACGAUCAAGGGUCUGGCACACUGCGAGCUUAUUUCCCUGUCGACGGAGCGCUUGUCGAGCAUGACGGCCAGCAGCAUGAGGCGAACUCACUGGGCGAGUUGGACCUCGACCAAGUCAACGGCGACAGCUCGGUACUGGGCCGAAGACAGACCGAUUCGAUUACGGGUGUCGAAGGCAAUAUCAUCAAAGAUGGUAUUAUCUACCUUGCAAAGGCCGCGAAGCCGCACGCUCAGUAUGGUAAAGUGCUCGUCUACGACUUUGGCGAGAAGAUUGUCCUCGACCAUGAUCAUCAUGGCAGCCACUCGAAGCGAGAGGGAAAGAAAUCUUGCAUGAACAACCAUGGCGGCCCGAACUGCAGCGACAAGUUCAACAUUCACAGUGAUAAGUGCAAGAAACGACAUGACAUCUGCAUGGACUACAACGGAUGGUUCUCGAACUGCAAGAAGAAUGGCUCGACCUGGAGGAACUUCCCCGGUAGUGACUGUGACAAAGCACUUGGCCGUGGCAAGUGCUGGAAUGAAGUUAUGUGA